AUGUGGUUCGCAACACUUACGGGCUAUCUGGCCCCCGUCUUCCUCGUCCUGUCGCCCGUCAUCUCCUACAGCGACCAGGCCAUCUCGAUGCACAGGAACAAGUCGAGCGCCGGCUUCUCACUCGACAUUCCCUUGAUCAUGCUGGUGUCGUCGUUGCUGAAGCUCUUCUACUGGCCCGGCGCGCACUUUGACAAUGCGCUCCUCAUCCAGGCGAUCGUCAUGAUUGCCAUGCAGGUCGCCCUCCUCAAGAUCGCCCUCGACCACCGUCUACCGCCCUCCUCCAAGGGAGGAGAAUUGGCAGUGCCCUUUGCCGGCGCCGCGCACGAGGAAACACCGAGGCCGUUCAACUUUUGGCAGUGGAGGUCGCCCAAGCCGUACUGGCACGCCCUCUUCUACCUCUUCAUCGGCCUGCUCGCGCUCGAGCUCAUCCUGACGCCCGUUCCCGCCGUCUACGGUACCUACUCGACCGCCAUCGGCUUCCUGGGCCUCGGCAUCGAGGCCAUCCUUCCGAUCCCCCAGAUCCUCACCAACGCCCGCGUCCAGUCUUGCAAGGGUUUCCGCGUCUCCCUGCUGGCGAGCUGGCUCAUCGGCGACGCCAUGAAGGUCUUUUGGUUCUUCACAGCCUCGACCGAAAUCCCGCCGGCCUUCAAGAUGUGCGGCAUCUUCCAAGCAUGCUGCGAUUCCCUCCUGGGCAUCCAGUACGUCAUGUACGGCGACAAUAGCGCAGCGCCUGUGGUCGUCAAGGAGCACCCGCUCGAGGACUUUCAGCCGGGCACCUUCAAGCCGCCUGUGCUGGAGAUCAACGGGCGGCCCACGCAGGCGUGA